AUGUUUAGGUUGCAGGGUAAGGUGGCUAUUGUGACCGGUGGAGCCACCGGAAUAGGAGCAGAAACAGUGAAGAUAUUCGUAGAAAACGGAGCAUCGGUGGUCAUAGCAGACAUAAAGGAGGAAUUAGGUCAGAGUUUGGCAAUUUCAAUUGGCUCGGAGAAAGUGAGUUAUCGCCAUUGUGAUGUCAGAGACGAGAAUCAAGUUUCGGAAACAGUAGCUUUCGCAGUGGAGAAAUAUGGGAGCUUAGACAUCAUGUUCAGCAACGCUGGCGUCGCAGGAUCUUAUUUAACCAUACUAGACUUGGAUCUGAACAAAUUCGACGACACCAUGGCUGUUAAUGUUCGAGGUGCAGCUGCAAUGAUCAAGCACGCGGCACGUGUCAUGGUUGCUACGAAAACGCGUGGAUCGAUAAUUUGCACUGCCAGCGUGGCUUGUUCCUUCGGCGGAAGCGCGGGCCAUGAAUACACCACAUCCAAACACGGCGUUGUUGGGCUUGUUCGAUCGGCGUGUGGCGAGCUUGGAGCUUAUGGGAUAAGAGUGAAUUCCAUCUCGCCUUAUGCACUUGCCUCGCCUCUUACUUGCGACGCACUCGAUGUGGGACCUGCUGAAGUUGAAGCUAUGGCACAUGGUUCUGCUAUUUUGGAGGGAAUUACGUUGAAGGCUAAUCAUAUUGCGGAAGCUGCUCUGUUUCUUGCCUCUGAUGAAUCCAUUUAUAUCAGUGGCCACAACUUGGCCGUCGAUGGAGGUUUCUCCUCCGUUAACCGCUGGCUUCCUAGGAUUCAAAAGUAA